AUGCAGUUGACCAAGAACAGCCUUGUUUCAGGCUGCUCCUGCAAGGGAGACAAAGCGUUUGCCGAGUUUCUGACAGACGAGAUCAAAGAGGAGAGGAAGAUCCAGAAGCACAAGGCGCUGCCCGCGAUGUCCGGCGGCUGGGAGCUGCAGGUCCACGGCACCGAGGCCAAGCUGCUCCGCAAGGUCGCGGGCGAGAAAAAAGUUUCGAAUAAGAGAGAUGCAGUAUUUUCUUUUUUGUGUUUAAAAUAUUGCUUAUGGUUCUUUUAUAGGAUAACGGUUACGUUCAACAUCAACAACAGCAUCCCGCCAUCUGUGGAGGAAGAAGAGGAAGAAACACGAGGACAGCAGAAACCUGAUGAGCAGGAGCCUGAUAUUACUUCGACUCCCAACUUUGUAGUGGAAGUAAUAAAAGACGAUACGAAACAGACCCUGGUUCUCGACUGCCAUUAUCCCGAGGAUGAGGUUGGACAGGAGGGAGAGGAUGAAAGUGAUAUUUUCACGAUUCGAGAGGUCAGCUUUCAGCCCACUGGGGAAUCGGAUUGGAAGGAAACCAACUACACCCUCAAUACAGAUUCCCUGGACUGGGCCCUGUACGAUCACUUAAUGGAUUUCCUGGCUGAUCGAGGGGUAGACAACACAUUCGCCGAUGAGCUGAUUGAGCUCAGCACUGCACUGGAGCACCAGGAGUACAUUAAAUUCCUUGAAGACCUUAAAAGCUUUGUUAAAUGUCAGUAGAAUAGGCUAGGAAACUAAUCUUCAAAUGUGGGUCUUCCACAGCAGGGGUCCAGCCAGCAAUACCCCAAACUAUCUUCACAACAGAUACUGACAGUAAGUAACUUUGAAUGGAGAGAGGAGAAUUGUGGGAAAAUGAGGAUUCUCGCAUGUUUGGGGGAAUUUUUA